AUGCCCGAAUAUGACUACAAAUUUCGGACCAUCACCGAGUACAACUACACACAUCCCACUCCCACCUUAUGGCAAGCGUGGCACGAGGCCUACUUUCGAAGAGUUGGAGGUGCCAUUUAUGCGAAUGGCGAGUACGUACGGCUUUAUGAGUCGGGGUGCAAAACUGACAGCUGGACGGCACCCAACUGCACGCGCACGUGCAGCAACAACACAUACAUGUUCAGCUCACCAGAGAAUGUUUGGAACUGUAUUACUCUCGCUGAGGUGUCCAUGGAGGUUGGACCGGGAAACAAGACGGUUGAUCCUGUCAAUUUCAAGCAAAUGGACGACAAGUUUGAUCUUGGUGGUUCACUCGAGUCUUUUCAUGAGCUCUUUGUCUUGUUGCGCGUUCGGAGAUGCUUCUGGCAAUCUUGCUCCGACUCCAAGUACGGGAAGUGCACACUGGAUCUCGAGUGCUUCCGAUGCAACCCCGUAGACCCUGGCAAUAUCCAAGAUUUUGAUCGGGCCAUCAAUCAUGCGUAUUGUCGUGAUGCUGAUUUGGGCGUCGACUCGGACAUUGCGGGGCCUGGCAUACUCGUCGCCUACAUGGCCCAGAUAGCUCUUGUGCUUCUCUUGGCCGGUCUCUUCUGGGCGACCUACCUGCCUUGGAAUCGCCCCAAGACGGCGACACGACAGUUUCUUGGUGCAUUCGACUCUACCUCGACGCCAAAAACAGGGCCAGAGAUUUCGAAGCCCGUUAACCGCCUUACCUUGGCGGCCCACUCGACCAUCUCAGAGCUGCAGGAAGCUCAAACAGCGUUUGGCUUGGCCGUCGGUGUCAUCUUCCUAUGCGCUUUUGGAGGAGGGAGUGGGCUGGGAUUAGCCAACUUCUCAUCAGUCUUAUCCUACUCCGUCAACCACGAUAUUGCUUUCGGCCUCUUGGUCGUAGGCGCAUGUUCAAUCGCAUUCUUACAGCCAUGUCGUCAACGAGUUGGCAAACAUAUCAAGCCGAGAUGGGUCUUUAUGGUCCCCAUGUUGACUAGUUGGGGUUUGAUGAUCAUCGCACAUGGCUUGAAGACUCAAGGCUCGUGGGCAGAUCCCGAACAUCUCAUUGAGAUUCUUAGAGAGAACGCCGCGGUGGAAGACUGUGGAAACCAUCCGGGGCCCAUGUCGUUUUGCCUUGGACCGUUGCUUCAAGGACCUGAUGAAUCGCAGCGAGUUUUCAAGAUAACGAUAAUGCUUGCUCCCAUUGUUCACAUCCUCUUUGCUAUUGCGCUUUUUGAGGAGUGGGCUAUCAAAUCGAGAGAAAACCCCGAGUCUAAUAUAUCUCAGUCCUUUAGUGGACGGGCUUCCCAGAUUCUACCCAGGAUUUUCUUCACAGCGAACCUCCUGAGUUUAAGCAUGCUGAUAAUCUGCCUUGCCGAGGUGGUAAAAGCAUUCAAGAAGAUCUAG